AUGUAUGAAGAAAGAGAAAAAACAGAUAAACCAAUUAAAGACAAAAAGGAAGAUGAAAGAACAGAGAAUAAAUUGCGGAUUUGUGCCUUUGUCGGUUUAUGGACACCUGAUGGAACUGGCUCAGGAAGUGGUGCACAUUCAAGAUCAGGACCAUCACCUGAUUUCCGUGCUGGUAGUGUCCCCGAAAGCAAGUAUUGAGCAAUCGUGUUGUCAACACAGUUGUUACCGGAUAGACUAGAAGCAUGACUGGUUCCGUUGGGCUCGGCAAGAAGUAUAGCGCGUGGAAAACGUCGACGGACUUCAAGACUACCCUCGAAUGGCGUGGGUGCAUCCAGUGUUUCAUCAAUUAGCAAAAUAGCGCUGACUUUGCUGCCAUCCACAUCAACCGGUAUCUUCCC